UUCCUGUUCCUAACUCUUUUUCAGUUCUGCCUGCUUGUUAAUUAAGCUUGUACUAUCAGACUAGAGGAAUGUAAUACUAUGGCAGUUUGAUGUAAUUCAACAAGUCACCAAUUGUAAAAUAAUUGAUAAAACUCCAACAGUGAAUGUCCAGCUACAUCUCUUGGCUUCAAACUACUACUUAAACCUUAAUAAACCUGAGGAAAAUCAAAAGACCUGUAUCAUGCAUGGGCUGAGGCAGCUUCGGAAAAUUAAUGCCUCCUCUCCCCUGUUUCGAAAUAAACAAUAUAUACAGAAAAAAACAUUUGCGACAGGAUAUGUUUGCAUGUCAAAAAAUCAGAAGAGAUCUGUUGAUCACCAUGUAGAAGAGAAUGUUUCGGACAAUAGACUUAACACACUCAUACCUGCACAUGACAACUUUGCUGAUAGACACAAUGGGCCAACAACUGAACAGAAAAAGGAAAUGCUAGAUUAUUUAGGAUUGAAGAACAUGCAAGAACUUAUUGACAAAACUAUUCCGAAAAAUAUUCGUAUGAACCGAGAACUUGAUCUGGAUGACGCUAUAUGUGAAAAUGAAAUUCUCCAAACACUGCGUACUUUGGCAAACAAAAAUCAAAGUGAAUGGCGAUCAUACAUAGGAAUGGGUUAUCAUAAUUGCUCUGUGCCAAGAACUAUUAUUAGAAACAUGCUUGAAAAUCCUGGAUGGUCAACCCCCUACACACCAUAUCAACCUGAACUUGCACAAGGUCGAUUGGAAAGUUUACUUAAUUAUCAAACUAUGGUUGUAGAUUUAACAGGUCUUGAUAUCGCUAAUGCAUCAUUGCUUGAUGAAUCAACUGCAGCAGCAGAAGCUAUGUCACUUUGUUAUCGUCAUAGCAAAAGAAACAAGUUUUAUGUCGAUGAAAACGUCAACCCACAAUCUAUAGAUGUCGUACGAACAAGAGCAGAGUUACUUGGUAUUGAAGUAUUUGUGGAAAAAUGGGAGAAAAUGGAUUUCAGUUGUCAUGACUUCACCGGAGUUCUCAUACAAUAUCCAGAUACAGAAGGAAGAAUAAUAGAUUUUUCUACUUUGGUUGAACAUGCCCACAUGUAUGGGUCACUUGUUGCUUGUGCGACAGAUUUACUGGCCCUAACGUUACUGAAGCCUCCUGGAGAACUUGGAUGUGAUAUAGCCUUGGGCACUGGUCAAAGAUUUGGAGUUCCACUUAAUUAUGGUGGACCACAUGCUGCCUUUUUUGCAGUUAAGGACAGCUUCAAGCGUCUCAUGCCAGGAAGAGUUGUGGGUGUCACAAGAGAUUCACACGGAAGUGAAGUAUACAGAUUAGCUCUACAAACAAGGGAGCAGCACAUUAGGAGAGACAAAGCAACAUCAAAUAUUUGCACUGCCCAAGCUUUGUUGGCAAACAUGUCUGCUAUGUUUGCAGUUUACCACGGACCUGAUGAGUUGCGACAUUUGGCAACUCGUGUACAUCAUGCCGCAUUACUUCUGGCGCAUGGUAUCAGACAAGCUGGUCAUUAUGUUCGUCAUGCAUCAUUUUUUGACACUCUGAAGAUUCAACUCAUGACAGAUGUAAGAGAAGUUUUGUUAAGAGCUGGAGAAAAGAAAGUCAAUUUAAGAAUGUACAACAAUGGCCAGAUCGGAGUUGCUCUUGAUGAAACUGUUAAACAUUCAGACAUUGAUGAUCUACUUUAUAUAUUUGGAUGCGAUAAAACAGCAGCUGAAUUAUCUGAAAAUCUUCCAGAAAUUCUGGAACAAAGUAUUGGAAAUUCAGAUUUAAAUCGAACAAGUGAAUAUCUCACACAUCCGGUAUUCAAUAUGUAUCAUUCUGAAACCAACAUAGUUCGAUAUAUGAAGAAAUUAGAAAAUAAAGAUGUUUCUCUUGUUCAUUCAAUGAUACCAUUGGGAUCUUGUACAAUGAAGUUGAAUGCCACAGCUGAAAUGGAACCAAUUACAUGGAGAGAAUUUGCUGAUAUUCAUCCUUUUGUUCCUCUCGACCAAGCGAAAGGAUAUCAAGAUUUGUUUCGUGAAAUGGAGCGAGAUCUCUGUGAAAUUACUGGGUAUGACAGCAUUUGUUUCCAGCCUAACAGUGGUGCUCAGGGUGAAUUCACAGGACUAGCUGCAAUCCGAGCAUACCUGAGAGCGAAAGGUGAACAGAAGAGAACUGUUUGUCUUAUUCCAACAUCAGCUCAUGGCACUAAUCCGGCAUCUGCACAAAUGUGUGGCAUGCAAGUCGUGCCAGUUAAAGUGAACAAAGCUGGUUCAAUAGAUUUGGAUGAUCUUAGUAAAAAGGCUAAUAAAUAUGCUGAUUUUCUUGCUGCAAUCAUGCUGACAUACCCAUCUACAAACGGAGUAUUUGAAGACGAUAUCAUGGACACUUGUAAUCUAAUACAUGAACUUGGAGGACAAGUAUAUGUUGAUGGUGCUAAUAUGAAUGCACAGGUUGGGCUCUGCAGACCAGGUGAUUAUGGAUCUGAUGUAUCACAUUUAAAUUUACACAAAACGUUUUGUAUACCCCAUGGUGGUGGGGGUCCAGGAAUGGGGCCGAUCGGAGUCAAAAAACAUUUGAUACCAUUUUUACCUACACACCCAGUGGUCCCACCUCCAGGAUCACUGUUUCCGGGAGCAAAACCCCUUGGGGUAGUAAGCGCAGCUCCAUGGGGUUCAUCAUGUAUUUUACCUAUUUCUUGGGCAUAUAUUAAGUUGAUGGGAGCUAAAGGAUUACGAGAGGCAUCCGAGGUAGCAAUUUUAAACGCAAAUUACAUGGCGAAAAGAUUACAAAAGCAUUAUGAUAUUGUUUUCAGAGGUAAAAAAGGUUACAACGCACAUGAAUUUAUCAUUGAUAUGAGAGGUUUCAAGAAAACUGCCAAUAUUGAAGUUGUUGAUAUUGCUAAACGACUUCAGGACUAUGGUUUUCAUGCGCCUACCAUGUCAUGGCCAGUCACAAAUACUUUGAUGCUUGAACCGACUGAAAGUGAAGAUAAAAACGAAUUGGAUCGAUACUGUGAUGCACUUAUAUCUAUUCGAGAAGAAGUAUCUGACAUUGAACAAGGGCACAUGGACAAACACAAUAAUCCAUUGAAAAUGGCUCCUCACACAAUGGCUACUGUUACCGGCGACAAAUGGGACAGACCAUACUCAAGAACACAAGCUGCCUUCCCCUUGCCUUAUAUAAAACCAGAUUCCAAAAUCUGGCCGAGCGUUGGACGAAUCGAUGAUGUGUAUGGCGAUCAAAAUUUAGUUUGCACCUGCCCUCCAUUAAGUUCCUAUUCUGAAGAUGAUGUUGAAUUAAUGAAAGACAAGUUAUCAAGGUCAUAAGAAAUAAAAGGAUUUUCAAAUAACUUAAGAAAUUUCUUACAAUAUUAUGUAACCAUUGCAUUUUAACUAACCCAACAUAAACAAUUACAAAAGCUGUAUUUCUCUCGAUAUUUACACUACUCUGUAGAAAUAACAAAUUUUUUGUAAAAAGUAGUCUUAUGAUAAUUAAAUGCCAUCCAGGGUAUAAUAAAAACAAAGCAGAAAUUUUGAAAAUAUAUUAACAUACACUGCCUUUAAUAGCGCAUUAUUGCCAAAAGGUCUAUUCAUGUCGAAGAUACAUAAAGCACAAAGACGGUUGUGCUUUAUUUAUCUCCGACAUCAUUGCUUUUAACUUCCUCAAAAUUUUUCACCAUUAGUUAAACCUGCGAGUAUUGAAGUGAAAUAUGUCAACAAUUGCGAACAUGACCACUUUAAUUUGUUACAUGUUUUUGCACACACAUUACGUAGUUCAAGAAAUCUGUAGGUAGAUAGCCGAGUCUAGUUCCUUGCUACUUCUUUGCAUGUUUUAUUAGCUUUCAAGUUGUCUAGUCAAAUCCAUUGAUGUGAGGUUGAAUGAAUUGUUAAGAUAUAUAUACCUAUAUUUAAAGAAUGUUAUAUUGUCAUCGCAAAUAUUGCUUUUUCCAUUUGCAUUCUUUUAGCAUCGCCAUAUUGGCCCCACCUUAUAUUUUGAUAUAUGUAUACAGUGCUUUUCAUGUUAAUUCUACAUUUAUUCUAUGUUCAAUGCAUCAGUUUGAAGAAAUUUAAGGGCCGCUUUGUUUAUUAACUCUACCACAAAACAUUCACAUUCAAAAACGUCAAACACUUUGUGAUAUUUUUAUGCAUGUACCCUGAAAAACCGACCAUGUCAUGUUGACAAUAUUCUAUCCUCAAAUAGCCACGACAAUAUUUGUUUUACUAUCCAUUUAAAUAUAUGGAAGGCGUAUUCGUUACGGUGUAUAUCCGUUUGUGAUUUGAGAAUUUCACAAAGAAAAACAUUUUUUAGUCUAUUUAGUCAUUUAUUCUAACUAUGUUUAAUACAUCAGUUUGAAGAAAUUUAAAGGCCGCUUUGUUUAACGCUACCAUAAAACAUUUACAUUUAAAAACGUUAAACACUUUGUGUUUUUAUGCAUGUACACUGAAAAACCGACCAUGUCAUGUUGACAAUAUUCUAUCCUCAAAUAGCCACGACAAUAUUUGUUUUACUAUUGAUAUAAAUAUAUGGAAGGCGUAUUCGUUACGGUGUA